AUUCUUGCAUCGCACAGCCGGCGACACCGAGCGACGCUAUCACCUGCGUUACUACAAAACGUGCAUGUGUGUCCACGAUACCGAUGCCCGCGGUUUUUGCGUUAAAAAUGGAACACACUGCGCAUUCGCUCACGGAAUACAUGAUCAGCGUCCGCCGGUUUACGACAUCAAGGAGCUGGAAGCGAUGCAGGCAGCGGAAGCCAGCGGCGAGUGUCUGAACGGCCCGAAUGUGCUCGAUAAGGAACGCAACCUUAUGAACGAGGAUCCCAAGUGGCAGGACACCAACUUUGUGCUGGCCAACUACAAAACGGAACCGUGCAAAAGACCGCCUCGUCUGUGCCGGCAGGGCUAUGCCUGUCCGCAGUAUCACAACAGCAAGGACAAGCGGCGCAGCCCACGGAAAUACAAAUAUCGAUCAACACCGUGCCCGAAUGUGAAACAUGGUGAAGAAUGGGGUGAACCGGCCAAUUGUGAAGCUGGAGACAAUUGCCAGUACUGUCACACGCGCACCGAGCAACAGUUUCAUCCGGAAAUUUACAAAUCGACCAAGUGCAAUGACGUUCAGCAGGCCGGUUACUGCCCACGGUCGGUCUUCUGCGCUUUCGCUCACGUUGAACCAUAUGUGGUAACCGAGGAAAUCAACAGCCGAGACUUGGACAGCCAGGCCCUUGCCCUGAGCGAUAUGAUCUCGUCAGUAUUACCACCGGAUAGUGGCGGGGGAGGGGGAGGACUUGGUGUGCCGCUUAGCAAAAAGGACAAACACGAGCUAGCGGUGAGUGUACUAAGCUAUCUGGAUGCAGGACGGCAGGAUAAUCUUCCAUUUGAACUUGAACCGCAGAAUUUUCACUCGUUCUUCCAGCUGCUGCAGAACGGUAGCGCCGAAAGUAGCGAAUCGGCCAGCACCAGCAGUAUCGGCUCUAAUCAUAGUUCCCACAACAAAGCACCUGGCUCACAGCUGCAACAAAAGCACAGUAACAGUCUACUCGGGGCGGCAUCGGUCGCCAACUGCAAUGGUAGCGCUCACCCGCAAUCCAACAACACUCUCGGUAGCUUACAAUCGACGCUGUUCAACAACGGCGGCACCACCGCUGCUAGCUCACUACUGUCUAACAACUUUUCGGAGUUCACGCCGGAGCUGCGGGCACAGCUUAUGGCAAUUGACAAUGAUCUCUCGCUGGGACCGCUGGAGAAAGAGCAACGGAAGCGCAUGUGUUUGACAUUCAACCUUAGAAAUAUAGCGUCUUCACUGGACGGUGUCUAUGACCUAGCGCGGCGCGAUACUAUUCAUGGACUAGACAAUUCAAUUUCAGCUGGAAUUGCCUCUUCCGGUUUGUUAGCGAGUAGUUCAGCUCCGGUCAAUAUUCCCGGUUCGCCCAUGGGAAACUCGAUUUCCGGUCUCCUCCAAGGCACAUCAGCUCCGGUCAACAUUCCUGGCAGCUCACUGAGCAAUAACUUUAGCCCGUCGUCCCAUUCGAACCUGUUUGGCAUGAACGAUGCCAUGUUUGGUGGCAGCGCAGCACAUCACAUCGGCAGCAGCUCGGCCCCCAAGAUGGCUAACUCCUUCGGCCACAACAACACCGAUAGUCUUUUCUUUCAAUCGCACAUUAUUUCUCCCGUGCUGACCGGGGGCGAUGGUGGUCUUUCCGCUAGUCCGGAGCUUAGCCGAAUAUCAGAAUUGAACUCUCUCAACAAUGAACUUAGCAACAACAACACAAAUCUCCUGUUCGAUAACCACAUACAACAGGCAGUGGCCCAGCAGCAGCAUCAGCAACAGCAGCAGCAUCAGCAGCAACAGCAGCACGCGGCCAUCGUGGCCGCGGCCAAGAAUUCCAAUUCGAACCACCCGUACUCGAUGUCGCCGCUGGUGGGAUCCGAGUUCGGCCGAUUGCGGGACGAGCUGGCCAACAAGAAUGCACAAAUGAUCAACUGGGAGGAGCAGGUCAUACAGGCAACCAAUGCAUGCGAGGCAUGGAAGGCACAAAUGGAGGAGAGCAAUCGCAAGACCGUCAUUGCGGAGCAGCAGCGUGAUGAAGCCCUAUCGCACGUGAAAGCCCUCAACGAAAAGCUCGAACAGCUUAGUAUUAGCGGAAGCAGUGCUGCCAACUACCGUGCCAGCGAGCUCCGCGGUAUGCCCUUGCAAAAGUUGAAAAACAUUCAGACCAAGUUACGCGCUCAAAUCGAAGAGGUGGAAAAGGUUCUGUAUCUCGAGACCGCAACCAAGUGUAUGAAGUGCGAGGAGAACAACCGCUCGGUAACAUUGGUACCCUGCAACCACUACGUUCUGUGUGAUUCCUGUGCGGCGACGCAGCGCGAGUGUCCCUACUGUCAGACCCCGGUUACAUCGCAGGCGUAAGAUGUACACGCAUUGGGCGAGAGGGGCACACCUCCUCCUCCCCCUUCUUUAGUGUAUUGUCGAUAGAUACAAAUUUCACAACUUAUAAUAACCUCUUAUAUGGAAAGCAAAACAAACAACCAUUUAAACGUGCAUCUAAAAACCCAUCGUAGCAAAUCAUCGAUAACAAUCAAACUCUAGGAGCAACUAAUAAAAUUAUAGCGAGCCAAUCAGCAGCCCUGGUCCUGGUCGAUCAGCAACAGUCGCUGGAGAGAAGAGCAAUUGCACUAAUUGCACACAAACGACGACGUGGGAGUUUUCCUGAAUCCCGAACGGGAAGUAGCGGCUGCUACUUCAACAUAUGGAAUAUUUUUACUUUCAGCAGGCAGAGCAGAGAUAGAGAGUUUAGUUUGAUGACAUAAGUGAUAUUUUUGAGAACGAAACGAAAGCAAACAUCUUACAGAAAGAUGUGCUUGCUUGAGCAUAAAUGUGAAAGACGGAAGUGGACAGAAAAAUUCACUAUAAACAAACCAAUCAAUAUUUGACAAACAAAACAACACACAUACCCACUAAUAAUAUUCAAAGAAAGAUACUAUAAUUAGCAGACAGAUAAAAGUUUCGUGCAUGUGAUGUGAGAGUAGGACGCGAUGCAAACUGAAAAGUUUUGGUAGUUUAUUUGUUUGCUUUAUUUUAUUAAUUUAAAGAAAUGAAUCAUCGUAUAGUACAAACUCAAUUGAGUUCUUCUUUAGUUUGAGUGAAAAUUUUCAAACUAAGACAGAAGGUGGAGCACGGAAAGUAUAAUAGGAUGAAGAAAGUCGCAAUACUUUAUAGGCAGCAGAUUGAAUUCGGCCCCAGGGUUUCAAAGAGUAUAUAGUUUUUUCUUCUAAUCUUUCGAUAAGGAAAGGAAACUCCAUGUUCGUAGGAUAUUAUUGCUAAUGAAAAUUAAAACAUUAUUCAUUUUUACGUAGGAACCAAUCUGUUUUUGUUUUUUUUCUUUUUGUACAACGCGGAAUUUAGCUCCGCAGCAAACGUAAUGCAUUUUUCUUUAUAACUUGGACUUAAAAUUACAUACGCAAAUAGCAUAGAUUAAAAACCCUUACUGGAAGCAAAUUAGAACAACGCUAGAAAGAAAACCUAUCAAAGUAUAUAUUAUAUGGAACGAAGGAACUUGAGAGUGAGAGACGAACUAUAUUUUUGAACAUUUGAAUAUAUUUAUAAUUUAUUUUUGCGAUCUAAUUUAAUCCCACGAAGAAAAGAAAAAAGCUAGAAUAACACAAUUUGUUUUUGUUUAUCUACCCUUUUAGUUAUUAAUCUAUUUUUUUUCGCUGUACUAGCCGAAAGGAUUUAAACAAAAGUGUAGUGUGUAGCUAGUACGUCCGGUAGGCAUUCGGGAGAAGAAUCUUUCAGUAGAUUGAAACAGAUAUGUACGGAGGACGGACGAAUACAAAUGUUAGAAACAAUUUUCAUAUUCCUUAUUAUUAUAUCUUAACGAAUAAAAAAGUAAAUUAAAAAUCUAAAUCUAUUGCUAAAAUAUAUGGCUGGAAUUUUCCCGUGAAGCAAACAA